AUGCAACGUCCGGCCAAGCCAUCACCUAUCGGGUAUUCUAGCGUCUUUUACUAUGCUCAAUUCGUCUUCAUCAACUCAGUAAUUUGGCUGGCUGUCAGUGUGAUGGAGUUGGCUCAACCAUUGCCCUAUGAUCUGUCGGAAUUAAUGAAUUCGACGCUGUUUAAUCGGCAAGAAGACCAGGAGAUUUGUCGUCGUUUCCAGACGGGUGGAAUGGAGCGGCUCAGCGAGUUCGCCAGCCCCUUUUUCCCCUCGAAGUAUCCGCCGAAUACCGAGUGUAUUCGGACGAUUCAUGCGCCGCCCGGAUAUGAUAUCGUGUUCCGGUUCAGUGAUGUGUUUCAAGUAGGUUCAUACUGUAUAUUACGAACAUUAUUUUCUAUUAUUCUCCGGCAUUUAACGUGAAUUUUUACGGCAUCUUUUUAGAUUGAAGCCUCUUACGAAGAUUCGCUCAACCAUCCAAAUGCAAUCGCGCAACAUUGUCCAAACGAUUUUUUGGUAAGAACAAUUUAAUUCGUGUCUUUUUUGGAGUUCGACGCUCAGAUUUUCUUUGAAUUUUCCACGCGCGUCGAGCAUAGGCCUCAACAAUACCUGAAAGUCUUAGCUUGCGCUUUGCAGGCGCAACCGAGAUAUUCAACAACUUUUGCGGCCGAGAGAGUACGCAAAGGCGAUAAAAAAACUUCUUGCCGUAUAUUGGAAAAAAUUGAUUUUUUGUGGAAACAUUAUCAUCUACGGUAGAAAUAGGUAUGAAAUUUUUCAUGCCGAAAUUCGCAAAAAAGCAUUUUUCAUUCCGAAAUUCGCAAAAAAGCAUUCGCAACACUAUCAAUUUUUUAUCAACUUUCGGUCUAAAAAUCUCGGUUGUUUCCGCAUAGCGCGAGCAAGAAAUCUCCGUGCGUCUUAGUAAUCGAAUACAGCAUUUCUCUUCCAACAAAGCAUAACUGUAUUUUAAAACUCAGUACCAUUCCGUUUUUCGAAAGAUGACGAUGAUUGCAGGAGAUCCGCGACGGCCGUUACAGUUUUUCGCCGCUCGUCGGCCGAUUCUGCGGGAUGCGGCCGCCUCCGGAGAUCCGCGCCCAGUCCGGCUACGCGUGGCUCAACUUCCAUAGUGACGGCCUGAUCGAGGAGCGCGGCUUUAGCGCUGAAUACGAGUUUGUUCGCAAAUGGAACCAAACAAAUGCAGUGCAAACGAAUGGUGAGUAAAGGGCGCCUUCCGGAACGUUCGAUAUUUAGAUUGCCAUCAAUCGCAUGUAAUGCAUUUGGACGGAUAUGUCAAUGUUUCGGCGGUGCAGCUAUCUUACUUGGUAGGUCCCGAAAACAAUCAGCAGUCCGUUCGCGAGUCGCUGAAGUGAUUUUUGCGACAUGCACUGCGCGAAAACAAAAGUUUACCUCGCACUGUGCAAUAGACUUUUGGGCUGUCGCUCGCACGUUGGCCUUUUUUUGUACAAUGCAAACGCCAACAAAUUAUCCCUGUGACUUUUCAAACGGACUAAUACAGUGACGGACCUGAUCCAAUGGCAAAAAACGUACCAUUUUGCAUCCGGGAAGUAUCAAAAAAUGUGGCAAAAUACCUCACUCUUCAACUAAAAAACUCCGUUUUGAAGGGCGCGCCCUUUUCCUCACAAAAAGAGGUUUUGAAAUCGAAGUUUUUUUCACUUGAUGAAGGAGGUAUUUGCCACAUUUUUUGACACUUCCCGGAUGCAAAAUGGUACUUUUUUGCCACUGGAUGAUAUCCGCCACUGUAGCAUAAAAACCCUCGUUCCUUUAGAACUCCCAUCCGCCAGACCAACCGUUGGAAUGUGUAUAUAAAAUACGGGUACCCAACACUCUGCAUGUGGCUAUUUUUAUCGAGCAAUUCGAGCUGGCCGCUCCAAAUCAAUGUGAGCAAAACUACGUGGAGAUUUACAGUGGGCAAGCGGCAAGAAAGCCGUUGAAACGAUUCUGCGGCAUCAUUGCAACGCACACUUAUACGGGGCAGAGUGUUGUGUUUUUGCGGAUUUUCGUGGCUAGCAAAGCACAUGCGGACAACAGCAAAUUGAAGGUAUUCUUCUCGGCGUAUUCGGCGUGUAAGUACGGGAUUUUUGGGUAAUUUUUUUUCAUCUUUUCGAAAAAAAAAAUUUGAGCAAAGGGACGAAUGAAAAUGGAUCAAUUCCUUCAAAACUUCGGCAUUUUCUUGACAUGCACAGUUGAGAUAUUCAGCGAGCUUUUUCGGAUGAAAAAUCAUGGAAAUAAGGAGAGACGGCUAGAGAAAAAACGUUUUUUAGCCGGAUCUUUGCGAAUUUUUCACGGAAAGCUUUUGUUUUUAUAGAAAAUGUUGUACUCUAGACUUCAAAAAGACUGUCAAUUUUUCAAAUACAGUGACGGACCUGAUCCAGUGACAUGAAACGUACCAUUUUGCAUCCGGCAAGUAUCAAAAAUGUGGCAAAAUGCUUCCCUCUCCAAGUGAAAAAAAAACUCCGAUUUCAAAAGCGCGCCCGCUCUUUUUGUGAGGGAAAGUGCGCGCCCUUCAAAACGAAGUUUUUUCACUUGUAGAGGGAAGCAUUUUGCCACAUUUUUCAUGCUUCCCGGAUGCAAAAUGGUACGCUUUUUGCCACUGGAUCGGGUCCGUCACUGUAAGAAGUCUGAAAAUUGAGAGUUGGUUGAAGUGUAGAGUACAACGUUUUCUACAGAAACAAAAACCUCUCCGUGUAAAAUUCACAAAGAUAUGGCAAAAAGACGUUUUUUCUCUAGCCGUCUCCCCUUAUUUCCAUGAUUUCUGAUCCGAAAAACCUCGCUGAAUAUCUCAACUAUGCCUGUCGAGAAAAUGCUGAAAUUUUGCGGGAAUUAAUCUUUCGAAAAUUUUUUUUUCUCAUUUUCAACCUUUCCAGACAAAAAUUGCUCUGAGCACUCUCUUUUCUCCUGUGGAGAUGAUGUUUGUAUUCCUCACGCAUUGGUUUGCAACAACCGUGCCAAUUGUUUGUAUCGGAACGACGAAACGUCCUGUAAUCGCGGGCCAAAUCCUAUUUUGGAUAUUUUUUCGAACACGUACAGUCCACUAAUGUUUACGCCCAUACUAAUCGCGGCGGUGGUUACAAUUUUGGGACUAUGGUAUAAGCCGUGUCGACAACUUCCGCUGACAACGGAGGACGAUUUACAGUUGGUUUGUAGCGAACCACGGCACGAAAACUUCAAUAUGGUGACAUUUGCGGACUUGGGAAGUGUUAGACGGACGGGAACACCUAGUAGAAUGACAAGUCUGGUGGAGUAAGUCGAGUUACUGCAUCAAAAACGCAGAACGCUUUUUUAGCGAAAAAUAAGUAAAGCCCCCACAAAAUCUGUCUUUAUAGACAAGUUUCACAUUGCAAAAAUAUGAAAUGAACGGUGCAAAAUGGGGCUUUUUGCACGGUACGGCCCCGCAACAGAAAAAACCUCUACAAGAGCUGUCGUUAUAGAGAUUUUUGGUAAUAUUUUGUACAAGAUGGGUGACUUGAAAAUCCCUUCAUUUUUCAGUUAUUCCUCCGCCAAUAAUGGAUCUGUUUUUACAAAAUUGACAUCAAAUUGAAGCUGAGACGUUUUCUCGUUGACAAAUUCAGUCUCAACUUCAAAUUUGAUGUCAAUUUCGUAAAAACGGAUCCAUUAUUGGCGGAGGAAUAAGUGAAAAACAAAGGGAGUUUCAAGUCACCCAUCCUGUACAAAAUAUUAGGUUGUCCAACAAAUAAUGACCCUCUUCGAAAAAUUUACUUUUUUGGCAAAAUUUACCGUAAUAACUGCGAUCUAUUUAAUCAAAAUAAUUAUCAUGUGCUUUAUCACGCUUGUUACAACGUGCCAAAAAGUUUUUUAUGUCUGUAGCUUAGGAACCCCGGCUUCUGGAGCCGACGAAACUUUUGAAGGCCUUUUCAAGGGUGUCUUGAUUGUCGAAUUCCCUACCACUGAUGAAACGUGCUAGAUUCUUGAACUUAUGGUAAUGUGUAUAGGCCAGCUUUGACAAAUAGGCUGGACGAGGGACAGUCUCGUAUCUCUAUUAAAUCGGCUUAUGGAGGGUCAUCUUUCAAAGGGGAGGUUCCAGGUAGCCGCAAAGAAUUUUUGGACUUCUGCGGCGCAUCGUUGAAGACAGACGCUGCCACAAACUGUCUGUCUGGAUACAGUAGGGGAUGGUAUCUACAUUUUGGCCAGCUUUCAAGAAGCUGUAUUGUACUAUUCCCAUGCUGCACUAUCAAGAACUAGUCAUCAACUUGUUUUGGGGGGAGUCGGGCUUUGACAAGGGCCGCAGUGUUACCCUCGGAGGACUCCGUUCAGUAUAUCUGGUCUAUUUGCCCCAGUAGGUCCUCUUUUCAUCAGAGGCAACGAUUCGAUCCAGGAAACUGCACGCAAACGCGAGAAAUGUAAUGCUUCCACUCUUUGCUUUGAUCCAAUAACAUGGGAAAAAGUUGCCGAGCAUUUUUUGAAUUUCAUCGACAUCGAAUGGUUAGCCGCCGAUUAUUUCAACAGCCAGACGAUGUCAGAGACGCGUUGGAUGUUGAUUCUAGGAUGUUCGUCAACCGACGACCUCAGGAAAAAUUGAUAAAGUUUGGAUUCCGUAUUUAUCUUUGGGUCCCUUGCCGUCAAAUCGUAAUUUUUAAAUCCAUCGUUUCACCGUGUUCAGGCUCAGAACACACUAGUCGAACAUAGCGUUGAUACUUUGCAUAGCUUCUGAAACUUUCGCAUUCUGUUUUUGCCCGUAAAAGAUGACAGCGCGAACCGACUUUUUUUUGAUAAUUUUCGAUUAGGGCUAAAUUACUGUAAUUUGGUCCCAAUAUGACAAACGAUACAUCAAACGAAAGCCUGAAAUCUCAGCUACAAGAUGUUAUAAUACUUUGAAAUUCCAUCAUCGCUUGCCUUUUUUAGAGGCUUUAAACUUUGCCCCUCUCACAGAGGGUCAUUAUUUGUUGGACAACCUAAUAUAAUAUCAAAACUCUCUAUAACGACAGCUUUUGUAGGGGGUUUUUCUGUCACGAGGCCGUACCGUACAAAAAAACACAUUUUGCACCGUUCACUUGACGUUUUUCCACUGUGAAACUUAUCUAUAACGACAGCUUUUGUAAGGGUUUUUUCUGUCACAGGGUCGUACCGUUCAAAACCCCCAUUUUGCACAGUGAAUUUGACAUUUUCCGCUGUGCAACGGGAAUAUCGUUGCGGCGCAAAGUUUUUUCAACUACCCGUAAAUUUGAGAGUGCAGCGGUCAUGUACACAGUCCGAAAUGGUUCAAAAUGGCCCUCCCACCGUGCAAAAAGAGACAAAAUGCUCCAUGCGCACGACAAAAAGUCUACACACUUUUUAAAAAGUGUAGUCUUAUUUCUCAUUUCCAGAGCCUCCACGCAAACACCUCGUGUUCAAAAACACACCACCUUCGCCGAAAACGGGCACGUUCAACGAGAGCGCGCUGUAAAUACCUCAUCGCCGACGGAGAUUUGGCAUACCGAAGAGAGUUACUCCACGCGAACGCCAUCAGUUCAGAUGGAGAGUUUGAGUAUUGAUACCUCGUUGAUGACUGUAAACGUCUAA